AUGAAAGAAGAGAAACGUGUACAAGCCCCAACUAUACCAUUUGAAAAGCUGUAUGAGCGCGUUACUGCCGCGACUGGUGUUUCUGAGCGAUUUGUACACAAACUCGUAAAUGAAGAGAAACACGCUGAAGAAUCCAAUUCUAAAAUUUCUACCCCUGGCAAAAAAAGGCAAAGAAAAACCGGGAAGCAAGAAGUUGAUAAUUUUGACAUUGGUGUUAUAAGAAGAAAAAUUCACGAAUUUUAUUCAGUGAAAAAAGAAAUCCCUACCAUACCCAAAUUACUGAGUAUUUUAAAGGAAGAUAUUGAUUUCAAAGGAGAACGUGAAACUCUUCGAAAAUUGCUUCACAAAAUAGGAUUUCGUUAUAAGAAAACGAAAUCAAAUAGAAAAGUGUUGUGCGAACGUAACGACGUAGUUGCAUGGAGAGCAACCUACCUACAAAAAAUUAAAGAAAAUGAGCGUGGUGAAAAAAGACCUGUUAUUUAUUUAGACGAAACUUACAUUCACUCGUCUCACUCAACUGGGAAAUGUUGGCAAGGUCCUGAAGAAGAUGGUGAUUUGGAACCUGUUUCGAAAGGUAAUAGGUGGAUCAUAAUCCAUGCAGGUGGAGAAAAAGGUUUUGUGGAGAAUGCCCUUCUCGUAUUUAAAUCAAAUACAAAAUAUGGGGACUACCAUGAUGAAAUGAAUAGCAUUAAUUUCAAAAAAUGGGUAUAUGAAAAAUUACUACCUAAUCUGCAUGAACCUUCGCUCAUUGUAAUGGAUAAUGCGCCAUACCAUAGUAUUUGCGUAAAUAGGUGUCCUAAUUCAAACCACAGUAAGGCUGAUAUGCAGAAGUGGCUUGAAAAAAACAAUGUAAGUUUCAAUGAACAAAUGACAAAACCUCAGCUUUAUGAAUUAAUAAAGAGAAAUAAACCUGCUCCGGAAUACGAAAUUGAUAACCUGAUGAAAAGUCAUGGCCAUGCUAUUCUUAGAUUGCCGCCUUAUCAUUGCGACUUGAAUGCAAUUGAAAUGAUAUGGAGCUCUAUGAAAAGGAACAUAGCAGACAAAAAUGUUGGAAAAUCUAAUGUUCUAAUGCCCCAAUUAAUUGAAGAUGCAUUUAAUAAAAUUACACCGGUGCAGUGGAAAAACAUAUGCAAUCAUGUGAAAAAAAUUGAAAAUGAAUACAGACUAAAAGACGCGUAUUUAGAUGAACCCUUUAUUAUAGAGUGUCAGAGCGAUAGCGAAACCGAUUCCAGUGAUUCAGAAGAUGAAUUAUUGGAACCAGUAUCUAACGCGGGUACAUCUUUCAAAACAGGAAUUCCUAGAGUUCGACCGCUUGAACUCCGAGACCACGACCACAAUUAUUUUUAUAAAAUAUAA